AUGGAGAAUGGCCCUUCCUCCGAGGGGAAAGACCCGUCGGCAUUCCUGGGCGAAAUCAUCGGCGCGCCAGUGAUUGUGAAAUUGAACUCGGGUGUGGUCUACAAAGGCGAGUUACAAUCUGUCGAUGGCUAUAUGAAUAUCGCCUUGGAGAAGACAGAAGAAUUCGUGAAUGGGAAGCUGCGACGCAAAUACGGCGACGCCUUUGUCCGGGGGAACAACGUGCUUUACAUCUCUUCCAGUUGA